AUGACCGAAGCGCAGAGGGAUAACAUAUUGGAUUGCAUGCGUGGCUUGGGUUUCCAUAUCGAGUGCAAGAAGGCGUUCACCGUGAACGCAAGUCCACCCAUCGAUUUCUUCCCACCGAAGGCGCAGUGGCACUCCAAAGGCAUCAAAGUGGAGUCCCCUGGCGCAGUGCGGUUUGACGACGGCGCAAAGAGAGCAAUCAAGAUUCUCAAGGAGUGGUCACAGGCCAUCGAGUUGAGCGUGCGUUCGAAAGACUUGGAAGAACUCAUUUUUCAAAUCCAACGAGACAAAGGAUGGAAUGCAAAAAACGACCGUAGUGGUAUCAAGCGGUGUGGCGAAGCAAAAGCGCGGCUUCUGAGCAACCUUGUCGACAUCCAGUGA